UUGCGAAUGAUGUGGUUUGUGCUCUUAUCCCUCCUCCUGUCUUCAGCCCGUGGUAACUUUUACUCUGUAUGGAGUGUCAAUGCUCCCAGGGCUGUAGAAGGGGCAGAAGGUUCGUGUUUGAUAAUUCCUUGCCAAUGUCGCUAUCCCAGAAAUAGCAACCUCCAGACGGCCAUGUGGUUGAAGGGGGAGAAAGUCAAUGGUAUUCUGGUGAUCUCUUCCAAUGGGGACACGGACCCCAGCUUCCAAAACCAAGCCACACUCACAGGCAACAAGCAAAUAGGAAAGGAUUGUACUUUGAAAAUAACUGACUUACAGAAGAGCGAUGAAGGGACCUAUCAUUUUCGAAUGUCUGAUCAGAGUCGGGAAAAUUAUUCAGAUCCCAACGGUGUCUCAAUAAAAGUUGUUGAGAGCCUGCAUGUGAUCCUGAUUUUGGGAAUACGAGCUGGGAUAUUCAUUGUGGCUGUAGCUCUCACUGUUGCUGGUAUUUGCGUCUGUGAGCGACAAGUGGUUAAGGGAAAUUGAAAGGCUGUUUCAAGCUUUGUCACUGCAACCAAAUCACAUGCACCCUUUGGUUAAUAUGCACUAAAUCCACUAAAUGGCACUGCUUAGGAUCAUCUGAGAUCCAGAGAGUUAUUACAGCACAGGCAUAGGCCAUUGAGCCCACCGAGGCCAUGCCAGCUCUCCAGUCAGUCCCAUUUCCCCAGUCUCUCCACAUUGUUCUAGGAGUUUAUUUCCCUCAAAUGUCCAUCCAAUUUCUGUUUGAAAUCACUGAGCAUCUCCCCUUCCACCUCACCUCGUAGGCAGUGAUUUCCAGAUCAUUAUGUCUCGCUGUGUAUAACAGUCCUUCCUCACAAUCCCGCUCUGUAUAUCUGACCCAGAAUGUUCAAUCUGUCUCCCAUGGUCCUUGUAUCACCGUGAGUGGGAACAACUUUCCUUUGUCUCCCUGAUCUAAACCUGUCCCCAACAUGUCCGUGUCAGUCAGACUCCCCUCCCAAUCUCCUUCGCUCCGAGGGGAACAGCCCCAUCUUCUCCACCUGAACCCCGUCCCUCAAAUCCCUGCUCCCAGAAGCCAUUCGGGUCAAUCUCCUCCGUAUCCUCUCAAAGACCCUCACAUCCUUCCCCCUCGAAGAGUCUCACAUCCUUCCUGAAGUGCGGUGACCAGAACUGGAAACUAUAGUCCCUUUGUGAACGAACCUGAGCUUUAUAAAUGUUCAGCGUAACUUCCCUGUUUUUGUCCUCAACAGCUUGAUCUAUAAAGCUCGUAUUCUUUACAUCAGCACAUACAGCAAUUUACCAGCAGACUGCCUUCAGCAAGUGGAGUGCAAUUAAACUUCAGUGUAUGUUCUUCUUACUGUAAAGUGAAAAGCCACAAAUGAGAGCUUUCCCUUCCCCUCCUCAGCAAGCUCAAACUUUUCCUCAUCCCUUCUUCUCCCCAGUGCUGCUGUGUGACCCCAUCAUACCCAACACUGAGUGCAGCCUACAUGGUCGAAUAGUCCUGAACAGAAACAUGACUUCACUCAGACCUGAACAUACUUUCUGAAUGCCGCGUGUUGUUCAUGCAGUGAGGGAUAGCAAGAAACAUGGCAGCUCAGAACAAUUUCACAUGUAUUAACAGAAUGGGAUAAAAUACUCAGGCUGAUCUGUAAAUAAAAAUCAAAUAAA